GCAAAACUGGUUUCUUCAUCACUUUCACUAGGUUGUGGAAUACAUUUUUCCAGCAUUUUUCUUUUUUUGAAUUUGAAUUGUACUCUUUGCUUGCACAAUUUUUUGCAGAAAAUGCUUUCCGACGCAUCAUUAUACAGCAAGCAUCGCAGCAUGCAAAUCUGUGACACCGAGACCUUCAUAGAUUCCCUCCUUCCUAAGAUGCGCUGGGGCAGGUGUGAGCAGGAGAUAGUCAUGGAUGUUGGAUGCGGACCAGGGAAUUCUAUCAACCACUUGUUUCUUCCGAAACUUCCAAAAGCAAAUAAGGUGGUGGCAAUCGACGUCCUUCCAGACAUGAUUGAGUUUGCUAAGAAAAAUAACGCUCACCCCAAAAUUGAGUAUUUUCAAGCGAAUGUGGAAGACAGAUCAACACUUCUCCAAUGGGAAAAUGGCAUCACAAAAAUCAUCUCUAUAUAUUGUUUCAACUGGCUGAAGGACCACAAAAAGGCUUUUGAAAAUAUUUUCUACGUCUUGAAACCUGGAGGUGAAGCAGCAUUACUUUUUGUUCUCGCUACUCCAUUUUGGGACAGCUAUAAAGAGCACGUUGAAAAUCCUAAAUGGAACAAAUAUUUAGAGGGUGUUGAACAACAUAUUCCCGAGUCACAUUUUACCAAAUAUGAUGCUUCACAUUACAAGAAAAUGCUUGAAAACAUAGGAUUCAAAGUAAAAGUUUGCGAAGACGAAAUGAGAAUCCAUACUUAUCCAAACGAAGAAGAUUGUAAAGUUGCUGCAAUGUCAAGAUGUGCUCUAACACAGCACAUUCCAGAAUCAAUGAGAGCAGAAUUCAAGGAAGACUUAUUUCGAGGAUUUAUGAAAUACAACAGCCGAAAUAGUGAAGGAAAGCCAGUAUUGCGCUACACUACUCUGACUCUUCUGAUUGAAAAACCAGAAGAAAAGGAGUCUUCAUUCUGAAGUCGAGUAUCUUUUCAUGCAGGAGUUCUCAGCAACCGGGGAACACUCCUUCCUUGGGGUGCAUAGAAGAAUUUCAAAGGGAGCCUGAAUGUAUUCGAGAAAUUAAGUUAAAAUGUAUAACUAUAAUUUACUCAAUUUUUAGGUCAUGUGUAAUUCUUUUCCGACAUUACCGCCGUUUUUGAAGUUUUUACUUCAGCUUUUAUCUGCAUAUACUUGUGGAUCUGUAUGUGCAGCAUGAGCAGGGAUAAAGUCAAAAUAUCAAGCAAGGAUGGACAUUAAGUGACCUUUUUCAUAAGUUACAACUUAACAUUCAGAAAUCUAUCAACACUAAAUCAUGGUAAUCCUCCUAUUGAUAAUGGGCAAGUGACU